CGGUACUUGCGGGGUGCUGGAAAUGCCUCAUCGCUCUGAGACAUCACAACGUCUCCUGCAGCAGUGACUUCACUCGUCACAGUGCAAGCCCAGCAUGCACAGCUGUAACUGCGAUCUCCAUGGCUACCAGGGGCAGAGAGCAACGCUGGCAAGGUUGAGACUCUGUUGACCAAUAUCGACCUCCCCGUAUGACCAGCCUGGCGAGAAAGCUCCAACAACUCAGCUCUUCACAACACAGCUUCACUCGAUCUCAUUCGAUCUCCCCUCAGUCACCUACUCUCGCUCAACACUCUCCCAACUCUCCAAAACAAUCCACUUCCAUCAAUAUGCGUUUUAUCGUGCUCGCAGUUGGCCUUGGUGCCAUGCAGGCAGCCUCAAGAGCCCUUCCGACACGCGGUGGCCUUACCGACCUUCGCAGCCGCAGCGUUUUCAGCGAGAACCUCAUUGCGAGACACGAUGAUGAUGACGAUUCCGCGCUGGCAGUGGACCUCGAGGAGGCCGCUUCUCCUGGACACGCGCCGCUCAACCUGAACUCGGAAGACGACGAUGAUGACGAUUCGCACCACCACGGAGAGACUUUCGUCGGCAAGCGAUGGGGUGGUGGAGGCGGCGGAAACAACCAGCAAGACAACGAUUUCCUAGACAUUCUGGACAAGGACGCGGGGGCUUCCAAGCGCGGCGUCGAGCUUCUGGAAGACGACGACGAUUUUGAUGGCGAUCACGUCCUCAUUGGCGGUCCAAAGGGCACAACUGUUGGCAAUGGUGUAGGAGCAAUUGACACGACAGAGGACCACCAUCAUCAUAAUGAUCACGUCCUGAUUGGCGGCCCUGAGGCGACUUCGGCCGGAAAUGGAGUUGGAACAAUCAACACGCGUGCGAACAUCCUCGGUCAAGAUGACUCUCAGAAGGCGCACAACUUAAACGGAAACCUGGUUGCUUCGGCGACUGGCAACGGCGUUGGCAAGAUCCACGCUCGCGCAAAUAUUCUUGGACAGGACGAUUCGCAAAAGGCUCACAACUUGAAUGGAAACCUCGACGCAUCAGCUACCGGAAACGGAGUUGGCAAGAUCCACGCUCGUGCAAACAUUCUUGGACAAGAUGACUCCCAGAAGGCCCACAACCUCAACGGAAACCUCGAUGCAUCAGCUACUGGCAACGGUGUAGGUAAAAUUCAUGCUCGCGCCAACAUUCUCGGCCAAGAUCACAGCCAGACAGCUCACAACCUGAACGGAAACCUUGACGCCUCGGCCACUGGAAACGGAGUUGGCAAGAUCAACGCCCGUGCAAAUAUUCUCGGUCAGGACCACAGCCAAACCGCUCACAACCUGAACGGAAACCUGGAUGCUUCGGCAGUAGGCAAUGGAGUUGGAAAGAUCAACACCCGUGAAGCGCUCAAUGUCCUUGGUCAAGACCACUCUCAGACAGCCCACAACUUGAACGGCAACCUUGAGGCAUCCGCUACCGGCAACGGCGUUGGCAAGAUCAAUGCUCGCGAGACACUCAACAUCCUCGGCCAAGACCACUCUCAGACAGCCCACAACUUGAACGGCAACCUGCAGGCAUCUGCUGUUGGCAAUGGAGUGGGCAGCAUUCACACCCGCGGACUUAUCUCUGACGAGCACUCCGAGGUGACUGAUAGCCACUCCGAGAGCAACAACGCUGGUGUCCAGGUGCCUACCUCCUCGGUCACUGGUGGUGGCGCAUCAGCUGCUGGUAACGACAACCAGGCGCUUAACAACCAGGGAAUCAACGCUCGCGGGCUCGUUUCUGACGAUGACAGCUGGGUGCAGGACAGCCACUCAGAGAGCAACAACGCUGGUGUACAAGUUCCUACCGCACAGGUCAGCGGUGGAGGCGCAGCAGCGGCUGGUAACGACAACCAGGCAAUCAACAACCAGGCAAUCAACGGUCGUGGUCUCUUGGACAUCCUUGGAGACGACGAUGACUCGCACGAGGACGAUGACGAUUCCCACCACUCUCACCACUCUGACGAUGAUUCCGAGGACGAUUCCGCUGACUCAGACUCUCAGUCCAACAACUCGGGAACCCAAGUGCCUACCGCGCAGGUUGGCGGCGACGGAGCGGCGGCGGCUGGAAACGACAACCAAGCCGUGAACGUGGACGUUGCAUAGAUUUGAGAGUGUUCGAGAAUGUUUCGAGCUUGGUGCUUGGCCGAUCUGUCAGACAGGGGAG